AUGAAAGCUAUAGACUUGAACGAUGAUGGUCAGAAUGAUGUGAUGGAUGAAGAUAUAGAGGAUCAUGAAGUUUUAGAGGAUUCACAGGCUAACAAAGGCACACAACCGAGACAAGUUCAGUCAAGCCGUAGAGUCUCUAGGUGCUGGAGGAAGUUUACUAUACUUGGAGGAAGGCUGUCUGAUGGUACAACUAAGAUCAGAUGCAACCUUUGUAGAAGGUUUUACUUCUUCAAUCUUCGCAGGAAUGGAACCUCAACUCUGACUCGUCAUAUGAAGGUAUGUCCAAAAGCUGUUGGAACACCUAGAAGUAGUCCUAGGAAGGUGGAUAUGAUGGUGUUUCGUGAGAUGAUAGCUAUGGCCAUUAUAGAGCAUGAUCUUCCUUACAAGUUUGUAGAGUAUAAGAGGAUUAGAAUGGCUUUUACUUAUGCUAAUUCCAGUAUUGAGUAUUGGAGUAGAAACACAGCAGCUUCUGAUGUGUUGAAGAUUUAUGAAAAUGAAAAGCAGAAACUUAGGAAAAUCUUAAAUGAUUUUCCUACUACAAUAUUGGCUUUCACCGCUUUUCCUCCGCCUCAUUCGGGAAUAGCCAUUGCUGUGAAGCUGAUUGAGCUGCUAAAGGAGUGGGGACUGGAAAAGAAGGUCUUCUGUCUCACUGUAGACAAUGCUUCUUCGAAUGGUAGCAUGCAGAGUAUCAUGAAGAGACAAAUGCACAAAGAUCUGGUCUGUGGUGGCGAGUUCUUCCAUGUACGAUGUUCAGCACACAUCAUUAAUCUUAUUGUUCAAGACGGCUUGGCAGUGAUUGAAGGAGCAUUGCAGAAAAUCAGGGAGAGUGUCAAGUUCGUUAGAGGAUCAGAAAGUAGAGAAAUAAUGUUUCAAAAUUGUGUAGAAACAUUAGGGAUUGAGGGUGAUGAAGGUCUGGUUUUAGAUGUAAGUACACGCUGGAAUUCUACUUUCCUAAUGCUUGAUAGAGCUAUAAAGUUCAAGCAGGCACUAGAUUUGAUUUCUGGUUCUUCAUACCCAACAUCAAAUUUGUAUUUCAAUGAAGUUUGGAAGAUUGAGUGUUGGUUGAGAGCUCAUGCGAAUUUCCGUGAUCCUGUUAUUUGUGAAAUGGUGAAGUGUAUGAAGCUCAAGUUCGAUAAAUACUGGGAAGAGUACAGCGAUAUCCUUGCAAUUGCUGCUGUUUUUGAUCCAAGACUGAAAUUUGCCUGCUUGGAAUAUUGUUUCUCAGUUUUAGAUCAGCCUAGUUGUAAGAGAAGAUUGGCUCAUGUGUGUUCAAAGAUCGAUAAACUGUUUGGAGCUUAUAAGAAAAACCAGAGAACCAGUAGUGCUGCAUGUUCACAAGUAGAAACACAAGAUGUUCCAGCCGGUUAUGGUAAAGCUGUUGGUAGCAGAAAGUCUACUCUUGAUAUAUACUUGGAUGAGCCAUUGCUUGACAUGGCCACUUACAAUGGUUCAAAGAGUUGGCAGUAA